AUGCAACCUGCCUCCCUUGCUUCCGGGCCCUCGCGUGUGCGCGUGGCCUCUGUUCGUCGCCUCACUCGUCGCCUCGGCGACCGCGUUUCUUCCGUUUCUCGUGCCUUUCGAGGCUUGCGAGCUUAUUCUGGAGACUCCACUGUCGAUGUUCCUGUGUGGGAAUAUGUCUUUCUUCGGCGCUCGGUCGUCCGAGACCGGAUUCAGUCCAGGUGGUUCCAAGAUCUCCUCUCCUCGUACAACCUCGUUGUCGAGGAGAAUGUACAUCUUCUGGCGGAAAAUGCGACGGCGUUGACGAAUUUUGCUUCGACUUUCCUCGUGUCUGGGGACAAAGCAGGGCGUGGGUCUUUGUCUCCUCGCCACGAGGGAGCCGACUCGGGAUUCAGUGGCUCGUCUCGCAAUGCCUCCGGUGAUAUGUCUUCUUUGGGACCACCGGGUCCGGGAGAAGCCCACAAACCAGGGAUACGCGAGCCUGGCGCACAUGCGACCGCGGUGAAGGGCGUCGCAGCCCACGAGGAGACAAAAAGUGGAGAGGUCGACUCGGCCCGUUUGCUGAUCGGCGCGCUUGAAGCCCAGUUAGGCGAGACUUCCAGGCGAAUGGUUGCCGCAGAAGAAAGCGUUAUCGCGUUGAAUGAGAAGCUCGAGCGGGCUACGAAACUGUUGGAUGAGAAGACCGUCGAGAGCGACGUUUUCAGGCGCCUGGUGGGGGAGAGAGAGGAAGAAUUGGUAGACCGUGAAACGGAACUCGCUGAGGCGAAGAAGGCCUGCGCAUUUCUCCAGAAUGAGAGAAGGCAGCUUCAACAGACCCUGCAGGUGGCGCAGCAAGAAGUGAUGGAGAAAGCGCUCGAGAAUGAGCGCUAUCUCCGUGAGCUUCUGAAAUAUAAAGAGGCAGAGGCAACACGUUUGAAUGAGAUGCAGCAGCUAUAUGUCUCGAUCAUGGAGAAACAGCACAAGACACAUCAACCAGACACAACAGGGGCAGGCGGGGGUGAGGGAGAGGGCGCACAUGGAGCUGUCCUCACGGGACUCGACAUGCCCGAGAUCCCUGGCCAACAGGACCAAACGGUCCCGUCAAAAGAUCGUCACGGCGCAGGCUCUCUUUUUCUACAAGUCUGUACAGAGGAGCUCUCAGCAUGCGGGGUGGGUGAGGGGGCGGAGAUAGUGGUGAGCGGCUUGUCUGGCCAAGACGGAGCGAACCACUGUGGAAGAGGAAGUCGAGAGCGAGGAGGUGCCGGGAUUAAUCCUCUUGUGCACCUUCUUUCCUUGUCUGGGUGGAGGCGUGCAAAAGCCCCGUCGGCUGCUCAGCGAAGUGCAUCGGGUGAAAGAAUGUCUGUGUACCCUCCCCAGUUCUCCGCGGCGUCAUCUCGAGUGGUGUCGGAUCGCUCGCAGCCGACCGCGGGAGAUGUUUCCUCACCCUCCGCCGCGGCUGUGGGUACUGCAGGUCUCGAGAAACAGUUCAGAGGCCUAGAGCACAGUACGGCGAGAGGAGACGUAUCAGCGAAGUCUGAGUCGCAGUCGUCACGGACGCCAACGACUUUCGAAAACGGGAUGAUCGAGGAUCGGCGGCGAGGUUUGGAUUUGUGUCGCCCUCCUACUCGUGUGCAGAAGUGUCUUCUGGCGCAUCGCGGGAGUGUGCAUGCGUGCUGUGCAGUGCCACGAAUGUGGGGGGCAGAUAUUUGGACUCACCCGCGGAAUCCUCUUGCAGACGAAGAGAGUGGCUACGCGCAUCACGAGCUGCUGCUUACAUGUGGCCAAGAUGGUUUUCUCGCUCUCGUAGACGCCACAAGUCCUGCAUUACUCUACUCAUUCCUUGUCUCUCCGGCGAAGGCUCCACUUCUCUGCGUUGACGCGUCGAACGACCAGCGCGUCGCUGUUGUCGCCGCAGGCGACGUGACACUGUACACGGUAGACGCCUGUAGUCAGCGGGUCACGUCGACUCUUAAAGGCCACAGUGGCCGCAUAACAGCGUGUGGUUUCCUACGCUCUGCCGCCAGCUUUUGCCAGUCUCAUACUGCUGGCUCAGGGGGAGGCAUCGGAGACAUCGACGCCCUCAUGACAGGCGCGGGGGGCGCGAACUCCGCGUCCGUGUGGAGCUGCAGUCUCGAUAGGACAGUACGUCUGUGGGAUGCCCGCCGGAGUGCAUGCGUGAAGACGACGAGUUUGCAUAGUGCCAUAACCAUGGGCGCCGCUUCAUCUGAUGGCGAGUGGCUAGCGACCAGUCACCAGAAUGGCAGCGUGUCUCUGGUGAACGUCCGGGCGGAGAAGUGUGAGAGAGUUGCUUCGCUUCAGCUGCAUGAAGAGGCGGCAACGGGAGUCGCGUUCGACCCCAGCGGGCGUCUUGUGGCGACACAAGGGAAGGACAAGCAAUUAAAGAUUGUAGAUGUUCGAAUGUGGAAGGAACUGAUGACCCUUCUACAUAUAGAAAUGCGAUAUAACAUCCCUCAGGCCUCUCCUGUUUUUUCAAGUGGCGAUAGCGCCUUCGUAGCCGCCGCCGCUGGUCCACAUGUCUGCUGCUGGACCUUGAAGAGCGGCAGGCUGGACAGGGAGAAGGUGGACGCGAGCGGCCGAUGCUACGGGGGAGGGCCUUAUUGGGAAGAGCUCGAAGCUUCAGAAAGGGCUUCGCGGGGGUGCGAACGGGAGAGUGGUAUGCGGCCGAGCCAUCUACGGGACGUGCGCAGAGACAGGAUGACCGAUACGCAGCCUGAUGUUGUCUUGCGUUCUCAAAUGACGGAUGUAACGUGCCUUAAUUGGCAGCUCCAUAGAGGCUUGGUCACGGGGGGAAAGGACGGUUCUGUCAUGCUGUGGGAGCACGAGUAG